CCCCAUGUUCACCCAGGCACCGGCUCACCCACCUUCCCCAUGCCCACCGCCUCACCCACCUUGGCGACCUCCAAGGCGACCUCCACCGUGUUGCAUCUGUGCCCGCUCUGCUGCAGCAUCUGUGCCUGAAAACUGCAGGCUCUGGCCAGCCAGCCGCUCCGCUGACACCCUGCGCCCUGCCCGGCCCCUGCCCGGCCCGUGUGCCGGUGUACCUGGCAUGUCCAGGCCUGGCCCGCGCCUGCCUGCCCAGCCCGCGGAACCCCGGCGGCCCCGCGAGCUAGGAUGAGGGGCCAGGCCGCAGCCCCCGGGCCCCUGUGUGUCCUGGCGGCGCUGCUGCUGAUGCUGCUGCCGCCGCCGGCGCCAGGGCAGGGGGUGCGGGGGGGCGCGGGGGGCGCCGCGGGCCCCGGAGGCGAGCCCUGCGCCACACUGGUGCAGGGCAAAUUCUUCGGCUACUUCUCUGCGGCCGCCGUGUUCCCGGCCAACGCCUCCCGCUGCUCGUGGACACUGCGCAACCCGGACCCGCGGCGCUACACGCUCUUCAUGAAGGUGGCCAAGGGCCCGGGGCCCUGCGGGGGCGCCAGCCGCGUGCGCACCUUCCAGUUCGACUCCUUCCUGGAGUCCACGCGCACCUACCUGGGCGUGGAGAGCUUUGACGAGGUGCUGCAGCUGUGUGACCGCACCGCGCCCCUGGCCUUCCUGCAGGCCAGCAAGCAGUUCCUGCAGAUGCAGCGCCAGCUGCAGCCGCCCGGCCCGCCCCACGACUUCUCCGUGGAGUACCUGGUCGUGGGUAACCGCAGCCCCAGCCGCGCCGCCUGCCAGAUGCUCUGCCGCUGGUUGGACGCCUGCCUGGCCGGCAGCCACAGCACGCACCCCUGCGGCAUCAUGCAGACCCCCUGUGCCUGUCUAGGCGGGGACCCUGGAGACCCUGCCGCAGGCCCCCCGGCCCCACGCGGGGGCGACGUCUGCCUGAGGGACGGCCUGGCCGGAGGCCCUGAGAACUGCCUGACCAGCCUGACGCAGGACCGGGGUGGGGACAACACUCCAGGCGGCUGGAAGCUGUGGUCACUGUGGGGCGAAUGCACGCGGGACUGCGGGGGAGGCCUCCAGACGCGCACGCGCACCUGCCUGCCCUCGCCAGGCCCUGACGGGGGCUGCGAGGGGGUGCUGGAAGAGGGGCGCCUGUGCAACCGCAAGGCCUGCGGCCCCGCCGGCCGCGCCAACUCGCGGAGCCAGUCCCUGCGGUCCACGGACGCCCGGCGGCGGGACGAGCUGGGCGACGAGCUACAGCAGUUCGGGUUCCCGGCCCCGCAGACGGGUGACCCCGCGGCCGAGGAGUGGUCCCCGUGGAGCGUGUGCUCCAGCACCUGCGGCGAGGGCUGGCAGACGCGCACGCGCUUCUGCGUGUCGUCCUCCUACAGCACGCAGUGCAGCGGGCCCCUGCGCGAGCAGCGCCUCUGCAACAACUCGGCCGUGUGUCCAGUGCACGGUGCCUGGGACGAGUGGUCGCCCUGGAGCCUGUGCUCCAGCACUUGUGGCCGCGGCUUCCGGGACCGCACGCGCACCUGCAGGCCCCCUCAGUUUGGAGGCAACCCCUGCGAGGGUCCCGAGAAGCAGACCAAGUUCUGCAACAUUGCGCUCUGCCCUGUGGACGGAAACUGGAACGAGUGGUCCAGCUGGAGCGCCUGCUCGGCCAGCUGCUCCCAGGGCCGGCAGCAGCGCACGCGCGAGUGCAACGGGCCUUCGUACGGGGGCGCCGAGUGCCAGGGCCACUGGGUGGAGAGCCGAGACUGCUUCCUGCAGCAGUGCCCAGUGGACGGGAAGUGGCAGGCCUGGGCGGCAUGGGGAGGCUGCAGCGUGUCCUGCGGGGGCGGCACUCAGCGCAGGGAGCGUGCCUGCGCGGGGCCCUUCUUCGGGGGCGCAGCCUGCCAGGGCCCCCAGGACGAGUACCGGCAGUGCAGUGCCCAGCGGUGUCCAGAGCCCCACGAGAUCUGUGCAGAGGACCCGUUUGGCGCGGUGGUCUGGAAGGAGACCCCGGCUGGGGAGGUGGCAGCUGUCCGGUGCCCCCGCAACGCCACUGGCCUCAUCCUGCGGCGCUGUGAGCUGGACGAGGAGGGUGUGGCCUACUGGGAACCGCCCACCUACAUCCGCUGCGUAUCCAUUGACUACCGCAACAUCCAGAUGAUGACUCGGGAGCAUCUGGCCAAGGCUCAGCGGGGCCUGCCCGGAGAGGGCGUGUCCGAGGUCAUCCAGACGCUGGUGGAGAUCUCCCAGGACGGCACCAGCUACAGCGGGGACCUGCUGUCCACCAUUGAUGUGCUACGGAACAUGACGGAGAUCUUCCGCAGAGCCUACUACAGCCCCACGCCUGGGGACGUGCAGAACUUUGUGCAGAUCAUCAGCAACCUGCUGGCUGAGGAGAACCGGGACAAGUGGGAGGAGGCGCAGCUGAUGGGCCCAAAUGCCAAGGAACUGUUCCGCCUGGUGGAGGAUUUCGUGGACGUUAUUGGCUUCCGCAUGAAAGACCUGCGGGACGCGUACCAGGUGACAGACAACCUGGUUCUCAGCAUCCACAAACUCCCGGCCAGCGGGGCCACAGACAUCAGCUUCCCCAUGAAGGGUUGGCGGGCCACGGGCGACUGGGCCAAGGUGCCAGAGGACAGAGUCACCGUGUCCAAGAGUGUCUUCUCCACGGGGCUGCCAGAAGCCGACACCUCAUCCGUGUUUGUGGUUGGCACUGUGCUCUACAGGAAUCUGGGCAGCUUCCUGGCACUGCAGAGGAACACGACGGUGCUGAACUCCAAGGUCAUCUCGGUGACUGUGAAGCCCCCGCCGCGCUCCCUGCUCACGCCGCUGGAGAUCGAGUUCGCCCACAUGUACAAUGGUACCACCAACCAGACGUGCAUCCUCUGGGACGAGGCGGACGUACCCUCCUCCCCCGCACCCCCGCAGCUCGGGCCCUGGUCGUGGCGCGGCUGCCGCACGGUGCCCCUCGACGCCCUCCGGACGCGCUGCCUGUGUGACCGGCUGUCCACCUUCGCCAUCUUAGCCCAGCUCAGCGCCGACGCGAACAUGGAGAAGGUGAUCGUGCCGUCCGUGACGCUCAUCGUGGGCUGCGGCGUCUCGUCCCUGACGCUCCUCCUGCUCAUCAUCAUCUACGUGUCCGUGUGGAGGUACAUCCGCUCGGAAAGGUCUGUCAUCCUGCUCAACUUCUGCCUGUCCAUCAUUUCCUCCAACGCACUCAUCCUCAUCGGACAGACCCAGACGCGCAACAAAGUGGUGUGCACGCUGGUGGCUGCCUUCCUCCACUUCUUCUUCCUGUCGUCCUUCUGCUGGGUGCUCACCGAGGCCUGGCAGUCCUACAUGGCCGUGACUGGCCGCCUCCGGAACCGCCUCAUUCGCAAGCGCUUCCUCUGCCUGGGCUGGGGGCUCCCUGCGCUGGUCGUGGCCGUGUCCGUGGGCUUCACCAAGGCCAAAGGGUACAGCACCAUGAACUACUGCUGGCUCUCCCUGGAGGGGGGACUGCUGUACGCCUUCGUGGGACCUGCGGCCGCUGUCGUGCUGGUCAACAUGGUCGUGGGCAUCCUGGUGUUCAACAAGCUGGUGUCUAAGGACGGCAUCCCCGACAAGAAGCUCAAGGAGCGGGCGGGGGCCUCGCUCUGGAGCUCCUGCGUGGUGCUGCCUCUGCUGGCGCUGACCUGGAUGUCGGCUGUGCUCGCCGUCACCGACCGCCGCUCCGCCCUCUUCCAGAUCCUCUUCGCCGUCUUUGACUCGCUGGAGGGCUUUGUCAUCGUUAUGGUGCACUGUAUCCUGCGGAGAGAGGUCCAGGACGCCGUCAAGUGCCGCGUAGUGGACCGGCAAGAGGAGGGCAACGGCGACUCGGGGGGCUCCUUCCAGAAUGGCCACGCCCAGCUCAUGACCGACUUCGAGAAGGAUGUGGAUCUGGCCUGCAGAUCAGGUGAGCGCCUGGCAGUGCUCAACAAGGACAUCGCGGCCUGCCGCACGGCCACCAUCACCGGCACGCUGAAGCGGCCCUCGCUGCCCGAGGAGGAGAAGCUGAAGGUGCCCCCCAAGGCGGCGCCGCCCCCCAACUUCAACAGCCUCCCAGCCAACGUGUCCAAGCUGCACGCACACGGGUCCCCGCGCCGCGGCGGUGCACCCCUGCCAGACUUCCCCAACCACUCGCUCACCCUCAAGAGGGACCGCGCACCUAAGUCCGCCUUCGUGGGCGACGGGGACAUCUUCAAGAAGCUGGACUCGGAGCUGAGCCGCGCCCAGGAGAAGGCGCUGGACACGAGCUACGUGGUCCUGCCCACGGCCACCGCCACGCUGCGGCCCAAGCCCAAGGAGGAGACCAAGUACAGCAUCAACCUGGACCAGAUGCCGCACACGCGCCUCAUCCACCUGGACCUGGCGCCUGACGCCGGCCCCGUGCGCAGCCCCCCGGCCCGCGAGCCCCCGGCCCAGCCCCCCGCCCAGCCCCCACCGCCGCCGCCACCGCCGCCCCCGCCGCAGCCGCCGCAGCCGCCUCUGCCCCCGCCGCCCGCGCCCCCCAGCCUGGGGGAGCCCGCCCCGCACCCGGGCUCCAGCGCGGGCGCCACCAGCAAGGGCGAGAACAUGGCCACGCUCUCCGUGGGCUCCCUGGAGCGGCGGAAGUCGCGGUACGCUGAGCUGGACUUUGAGAAAAUCAUGCACACGCGGAAGCGGCACCAAGAUAUGUUCCAGGACCUGAACCGGAAGUUGCAGCAGCACGCUGAGAAGGACAAGGAGGCCCUGGGAGCGGACAGCAAGCUGGAGCGGCAGCAGACGCCCCACAAGCGGCCCUGGGAGAGCCUGCGCAAGGCGCACGGGACGCCAGCCUGGGCCCGCAAGGAGCUGGAGCCGCUGGCGCCGGCGCCGCUGGAGCUGCGAGGCGGCGUGGAGUGGGAGAAGUCGGGCGCCACCAUCCCACUGGUGGGCCAGGACAUCAUCGACCUCCAGACGGAGGUCUGAGCAGGCGGCGGCGGCCACGCACCGACCACCGGGACGGACGCCCCGCCCGCGCCUGCCGCGGGCCAGGCGCAGGCACUGCAGGACGCGGGCCAGGCCCGCAGCCGGCCUCGGGGCGCUGGGCAGAGGCCGGCAGUGCCGGGACCAGAGCCACGGGGGACAGGAGCGGCCGCCCCGCGGGCACCGGGCUCCGGAGGCCGCGCACGCGCGCGGGCCGCAGACUCUGCCCUCCUGGGGCCCAGCUCCGGGCCAGGGUCCGUGGGCUGUGGCCGGCCAGUGUGGCCUGCCCCCCCACCUCUGGCUGAGGAUCUGCCCGCCGGGCUCCGCGGCCUGGCGCCGUUUUUAGACACCCCACCUUCGGGAAGCAGCAGCCCCAUACUUCCAGGGCCCUGGGCCCCCCAGACCCAGGAGAGCACAGCCCUCCCCCUGCCCACCCCUGGGGCAGGGCCAGAAGCCCCCUCCGCAAGAAGCAGGGCUGGGGAAUCUAUUUUUUCUCUCCUUUUCUUUUCUUCAAUAAAAAGAAUGAAAAACCUA